AUGAACAGUCCCGCUGUGACAGAGCCCGUGACAGACGCCAUGUGCGCGUCCGGACCCACUGGAGAAAGCCUCGAAGUCCUGGAUGCAGCCAACAUACAGAUCUGCGAGCUUUUCAGCGGCGUACUGUGUCAUGCCUCUUCAUACCCCGUACUGCUAUGCGGUAGUCACUGGCUGAGAGAGCAGAACUUGCUGGCUGUUUUGAUAUUCUUACUCCUGCAAGUCCCCGUCGAGUGCGUCUCCGCUGACUAUGUGUUGUCGGUACAGGAUGUGCUGGCUGGCUCGAGUGGCUCCGAAAGUAAGGCCGAGGCUCAAUUUAUGCAAGAUAUGGUUGAGACGAGGGCGCAGUGGGUCAGUGCGAUUAAAGAGCAUUUGGACAGCACCUAUGGUGGUGUAGAAGGAGUAUCUGACAAGGGAGGCUUGACCUUGGAGGAGAUUGGUCUGGUACGGAAGACGCUUCAAGCGAGCUCGAAACCAAUACUGAAAUGA